AUGCAGCCUCACUACUGCUCAAGGUGCGGUCGACAGUUCGAGACGCAAACUGAGGAAAGGUGUCACACAAGGCAACAGGACUGCAGCAAGCGAGCCAACCAACCGCCCGAUGGAAUCACCCACGACCAACAGAAGGAGCUCAAAGAAAGGGUAGACCGCAAGCUCGCCGUGAAGGAGCAGUGGUUCGCCGUCUGGGCCAUCGUAUUCCCCGAUAUGCCGCCACCAGAAUCACCCUAUGUUUACAGCCCUACCCGUGAGGUGGCAACGAAUAUGCGAAACUACUGGCAAGAAAGCGCGGCGGAGAUGCUGGCUGACCAUGCUGACCGCAUGCUGGGUAUUGACGGGGAACGGAUCAUUGGUGGUUUGAAUACGUUUAUGGAAACCUUCUUCGAUCAAUUCAUCGAGGAGCAUACCUCUGGUGCCGAGGGAGAGCAAGUUUCGGAUUCAUCCUCAGAUGGUAGUCCAGACAAGAAACUGACGCAAUUCUACAGGAACAGCAUUUUCCUCUGGGAGGGCGCCGGCUAUACCAUCGCCAAGCAGUAG